AUGGCCAAGUCGAUCGAAGACAAGAAAACUAGUGAAGAUAAUACCAACAUGGACGGGUACAGCGACGAGGAGCUCGGCCGCAUCGGGAGGUUCAUGGUCUGGAUGCGCAUCAAUCCGAACUUAAUUAUGUUAAAAGUGACUCUUUUUGUGAUGUACGGAGCUACUGCUUCUCUUCUACCUUAUUUAACGAUUCACAUGCAGAGUAUAGGUUUGACUGUUCCUGAAAUAUCUUUUGUGUAUCUAGCUUUACCGUUUACGACAUUUCUUAGUCCUCCGAUAACUGGAUUUUUGGUGGAUCGGUUUGGGGAGUAUAAGCCUGUUGUGAUAACGGCUCUUAUUUUGAACGCCGCGUUCCAUCAUUCUUUACUUCUGAUACCUCACCAAGAGACGCCUGGUGUUAUGCCAUCGGCAUACGUAAUGAGACACCCGAUCACGAACAGUGUAGAGAUCUGGUGGAGCCCUUGUCCGAGCAGAGAGUGUCCCGAUGAAGAUGAAACCGUUGAUUUUGUACUGGACCGUUGCGUAGAUCACUGUCAAUUGUUUAAGCCUCCAGAGAGUCCUUUCACGAAAUCUUCGGGAGACGAUGAAAACGAUGACCUUGACUUUCAUAUCAGCCACAAGAUCCAACCACCGAACUUAUCCAACAGCAGCCUUUUGAAUUUGACUGAUAGCGAUGAAGAUUACAAUGAUGCUGCAUUCUUCUUGAUAGAAGUACACGAUGAUUUAGGUGAACCAAAAGAGCAGCUUGGGAUCGAAAUGGAAAGAGACGAGGAUGAUCAAGUAACGGAUUUUCGAUCGAGAUUCGGUGAGAAGCUUCUGAUAACUCAAGGCGUGAAUAUAACUGCGCUCGACAAGGAAGACCUCAGAUGUGGAGGUCUUGUCAUGUUACACAACAUGACGAAGCUUUCACAGCAAAGGCUGGAGAUACUGUCUGCAGAUUGCAUGGUCCAAAAAUGUGAUUUUAGGAGGGGAGGUCCAGAAAUAUGCCCACCAGAUUACAAGGAAAGCGACGAUAAAACCUUCUAUAUAUAUUUCUUUCUGCGCUUCAUGGGUACUAUCAUGCUAUCAGCUGGCGUUACGAUAAUGGAUCCCAUAGCUUUGACCAUGAUACAGAAAUACGGCGGCGAUUUCGGAAGGGAAAGAUUGUUUUCGAGUAUCGGAAUGGCUAUAUUUUCACCUAUCACCGGUAUGCUUAUAGAUAUGGGUAGCAAACAAGUCGGUUACACCGAUUAUUCUGCUGCGUUUUACACGUACGACGUUUUGUUGUUGAUAUCGGCAAUCACGGUCGCCGUGAUGCCAUUAGGAGCUAAGCUGCCCGCCGACAACCUUCUAAGGGAUUUGGUCAACAUCAUAAAAAUGCCACACAUCAUAAUAUUUAUAUUUUUCCUGUUCGCCCUCGGAAACUUUUGGGGAUUUAUCGAGUCUUAUCUGUUCAUUUAUUUAAAGGAAUUAGGAGCACCUAAUUUUUUGUUAGGAAUAACCGUGACCGUGGGCACAUUGAGCAGCAUUCCUUUUCUGUACGGGGCGGAUGCGAUCACCGCUCGCAUUGGCCACGUCAAUGUUAUCAUCGUUGCGUUCUUCUCCCACGCCGCCAGGCUCGUCGGCUAUUCGUUUAUCGAGAAUUCAUGGUGGUGUUUUCCAUUCGAAGCGAUGGAAUCUCUCUCGGUGCAUCUAAUGUGGGUAGCAGCAGCCACUUACUGCGCUAUGCUGGCUCCUAAAAGUCUACUGGCAACACUUAUUGGUGUUUUGGGAAUGGCGCAUUUUAGUCUUGGGAGAGGUAGCGGUAGUUUUGGUGGCGGUUUACUCAUUGCUCAGCUGGGUACUCGAGAAGCAUUUCGCUACAUGGGACUGAUCGCUUUCCUUGGGGGAAUAUUAUACGGACUAUUGCAUUACUUUUGGCUGAGGAAUAUCAGUAUGACGGGAAUCGAUGAUGCCUGUGAACAGGAUACGGAAAGUGGUGAAGGUGACAAGAUGAACAGUGAACCACUGAGAAAAGAUGCUGAAACGAUGGUAUCUCUAGAGCGACUUCAUAUGUUCACACGACUGAAUCCUUUGGGUUCUCUCCACUCAUUGCCAAGAGGUUCUCGGUCAAGGUUCUCACAAGGGGACAUCAAUGAAUGUAGAAGUCGCAGUGGCAGUAACAGUCAGCGACGAGGAAGCAAUUACGAGGGUUCGGCUUCAAAGGGGGAUAUGCUUCAGUCUGCGUUAGAGAUCAGUAACCAUCAUGGAAAAGGACACAUAUCUAAUCCAGUUCUAUCGAUCUCCAUUCGAAAUCCAAACGUUUAUAAGCAGAACCACAGUGCACCGAAGCUAGCAAUGGCUGGUCUGGCGCAACGCAACAAUAUCUCCCAACCAAUCCUAUCUGAAUUCGAUUCGAGACGCCGAGAUUCCAUACCAGAAGAGGCAGACGAAGACAAACUCAUGCCUCCAGCGAAAGCACCAACGAAGACUAAAAGCGACCAUCUUCCCCCACCCCCCAGCUAUGAUGAGGCUAUUAAUGAGCACAGGAAAAGCUGGCAUUCCGAUGACAGCACACCAGCUUAGUUCUCACCUAUAUAUACUAAUAUUUUAAAAGAAACAUGUUUUUACAGUUAUUCACAGAGCCGUAUUUAAUUUUUAUUUAAAUCAUAUUUACCUAGCAACAAAGCGCCGAUGCAUUUGCUAUUUCUCUAAUAUAGCAACAUGCCCAGGUCAUCGCAUAAUGGGCGGAUCAAGGAAAAUAAAAAAAAAACACGAGAUCUCUAAAUAAACUGCACUUUACAAAUUCACAUUGAACUAAAUUUUGACAAUUACUCUUUUGCGCUCUUUAUGAUGCUAUGUUCUCGCAUGACUUGCACUUAUUCGACUGUUUCAAAAUAUAUUUUAACUUAAAUAAACUGACAUACGCUGAUAAUUGUACGUUAAGUGAAUAU